AAGCUGAACCAUUCCCUGUUUUCCAAGACUCCGGCAUGAUGAUCAAGCUUGUUCUCCUCCUGUGUACUGCAGUCUUCGGUGUGCUAGGCGCUCCCGGACUGACCGAGGCCCCGACACCAUGCUGCACGGCCUCACAGUGGGAGGGGGUGAUGCUGGAGGUGGGCGGGUACGCGGCUCAGUCACACGCGGGAUUCCUCAAGGGAUCUAUAGCUGUCUCUUACGACAUGCUAGGCAAGAGGGUGGCCACUGUCUCCCACCUCAAUUACUCUGCAGGUGCUCAAUCCAAUAUGAAGGUGAUACAGGAUUUCAAAGGUGGCAUGCAGUAUGUCAUUAUGAACACCACGUGCACCAAAUCUGCGCUAAAGGGAGCCAUGCCACCGAACUGCAUGCCGGAUGACGCAAAGUUUGGAGGUGGGUUUUACUUUGGCAGUCCCAGCAGCCAGCUGCCGUGUCAACGCUGGCUGUAUACGUACAAUGGUACGACCUUUGAUCUUACAGUUACCCAGCAAGACUGUAUCCCCGUCAUAGAAACUGAAUACAGUGGCACUGAUGCAGAGACAGAAUGCAGGGGCAAAAACAUUGGAUCAGUGUUUGAAGAAUAA